CCUUCCUGCCCAGCCCGCGCCCCAUCCUCACUCAUGUAUCCCUCCCCCAUCCACCCCAGCACCUCUCGCCCCAUCCUCACACAUGUAUCCCUCCCCCAUCCACCCCAGCACCUCUCGCCCCAUCCUCACUCAUGUAUCCCUCCCCCUUCCAUCCCAGCACCUCUCGCCUCAUCCUCACUCAUGUAUCCCUCCCCCAUCCACCCCAGCACCUCUCGCCCCAUCCUCACUCAUGUAUCCCUCCCCCAUCCAUCCCAGCACCUCUCGCCCCAUCCUCACUCAUGUAUCCCUCCCCCAUCCACCCCAGCACCUCUCGCCCCAUCCUCACUCAUGUAUCCCUCCCCCAUCCAUCCCAGCACCUCUCACCCCAUCCUCACUCAUGUAUCCCUCCCCCAUCCACCCCAGCACCUCUCGCCCCAUCCUCACUCAUGUAUCCCUCCCCCAUCCACCCCAGCACCUCUCGCCCCAUCCUCACACAUGUAUCCCACCCCCAACCACCCCAGCACCUCUCGCCUCAUCCUCACUCAUGUAUCCCUCCCCAUCCACCCCAGCACCUCUCGCCCCAUCCUCACACAUGUAUCCCUCCCCCAUCCACCCCAGCACCUCUCGCCCCAUCCUCACACAUGUAUCCCUCCCCCAUCCACCCCAGCACCUCUCGCCCCAUCCUCACACAUGUAUCCCUCCCCCAUCCACCCCAGCACCUCUCGCCCCAUCCUCACUCAUGUAUCCCUCCCCCAUCCACCCCAGCACCUCUCGCCCCAUCCUCACACAUGUAUCCCUCCCCCAUCCACCCCAGCACCUCUCGCCCCAUCCUCACUCAUGUAUCCCUCCCCCAUCCACCCCAGCACCUCUCAGCCCAUCCUCACUCAUGUAUCCCUCCCCCAUCCACCCCAGCACCUCUCAGCCCAUCCUCACUCAUGUAUCCCUCCCCCAUUCACGCCAGCACCUCUCACCCCAUCCUCACACAUGUAUCCCUCCCCCAUCCACCCCAGCACCUCUCAGCCCAUCCUCACACAUGUAUCCCUCCCCCAUCCACCCCAGCACCUCUCGCCCCAUCCUCACUCAUGUAUCCCUCCCCCAUCCACCCCAGCACCUCUCGCCCCAUCCUCACACAUGUAUCCCUCCCCCAUCCACCCCAGCACCUCUCGCCUCAUCCUCACUCAUGUAUCCCUCCCCCAUCCACCCCAGCACCUCUCGCCCCAUCCUCACACAUGUAUCCCUCCCCCAUCCACCCCAGCACCUCUCAGCCCAUCCUCACUCAUGUAUCCCUCCCCCAUCCACCCCAGCACCUCUCGCCCCAUCCUCACACAUGUAUCCCUCCCCCAUCCACCCCAGCACCUCUUGCCCAGCGCCUCAAACACUCCCCCCACCCCCAUCUGCAAGCAUACACCCCUUUCCACAUACAUGAUGCUCCCCUCAGCAUUCUUUCAGUGCCCCCCCCCCGUGCACGUUGCCUCCCCACCAGUCGCCAGGCAGCUCACCAGCAUAAGGCACCUGGCCAUGCGGCUGCCGUGCCCUGAACGUUUGCCCGGCUGGGCCUUGCUGCCCCUAGUGCUCCCCAUGUUCUGCCCGGGCCGACCAGGGCCCUGCCAGAGCAGCUCUCUGGCUGCUGAUUGUGCAGCAGCUUUACAGCUCAAUAAAAACAGUCUCACCCAAGCAUGUUUGUUCCUCUGGGCAUUCUGUACCUGGAACCCCCUCAUC